AUGAGACAGUUCCUAUGGCCAAUACAGCGACAGCUGUUCUCCACAGCACGCAGCGCUCACGUAAGGGCCAAUAAGCUGCCACCAAGGCCGAAGAUCAACGAGGAUGAAAUAACCGAAGUGUUUCUCAAAGGUGGUAGUGGGCCUGGUGGGCAGAAGAUCAACAAGACCAACUCAAAGGUACAGCUGAAGCAUCUGCCAACUGGGAUUGUUGUAGAGUGCCAAGCUACAAGAUCAAGGGAGCAGAAUCGUAAGAAAGCUAGAGAAAUACUGGCCAUGAAGGUUCAACAUUUGCACGAUCCUGAGAAUAGCAGGACAAGCAUAUUGGAACAGAGAAGGAUGAACCAAGCACGGACAAAGCAGAAGAAGACCAAGAAGAAACAUUCUACUCUGGCUGAGGAGAAUGCGCAGAGGAAACUACAGCAAGAACAGGAGGAGCUGGAAUUCCUGGCGUCACUAGUGAAGCAGAAGGAAUAG